AUCACCACCAUUGAUCUCCAGAAAUUUUCAUCUUACAAAACUGAAACUCUGUAUCCAGUAAACAGUAACUCCCCAUUGCCCACCAUCCCCCACCGUUAUCUCUGUGAAUUUGACUACUCUAGGUACUUUAUAUAAGUGGAAUCAUACAAUAUUUGUCCUUUUGUGACUGGCUUAUUUCACUUAACAUAAGUCUUCAAAGUUCAUCUAUAUUGUAAAGUGUCAGAAUUCCAUUCCUUUUUAAGGCUGAAUAAUAUUCCAUUGUGUUAUUUAUAUAUAUAUACACACACACACACCCCAUUUUAUUUAUUUAUUUAUUCAUUGUCAGUGGACAUUUGGGUUAUUUCUACCUGCUUUCGUUUAAUUUUUGUUCUCUGCAGAUUCCUUUCUUUACAGCUCUGCUUGAUGCAUUUUAAAGAUUAAUUUUUAAAAAUAUUUCUUUAGCGUUUUAAAUUGUUUUCUUUGGGAGAAUAUCUAGAUAUCAGAGUAUCUAGGCUAUCUUAUUGCUGGAAACCAAAGAUACCUUCUAUGUGUGCACUAGAAGACAAUUGGAAAGAACACAUUUUGACAUUCUUUUAGGGCACUAGAAAGGGAAGAUUCUGAAAUAUGGAACAAUUAAAAUGUAGUUUUGUAUGUUUUAAUGGUUUCCUUGAGGUCUGUUAGAUAAUAUUUUUUUCCUUAUGUAUGAGAAAACCUUUAGAAUACCAUAAGAAAACACGUCUCUGUCUUGUAGGAUUUGGCAUUGUUAGCAUGCUGUUUGUGUUAACCUCUCGCCUACCCUCAAAUGCCCCAAUAUCUAGUAGUAUCAUCUGAAAUUUGUACAGAAAUAUCAAAAUCAUAAACUGCUUGAGCUUCAGAGGUCUAAUUUCUAAACACUAACUUCCUCCCCCCUUCCCCCGCUACUGUGUCUUCAAGAUGAAUUGGCUAAGGUUAAGUGACAGAAUCACGAAAGGAGUCUGUAACAACUAGAACCUCAGUUGCCCCAUUUUCAUUCCAGUAUAUCUUGUACUCCCGUGUGUAUUCUCUCUUUGGGGAGACUAUCUGUGAUCAUUUAAUGAGUUCUGAGCUUGGUCUUUUGAAGAGUUGCUCUGGAUAUUGACAAAGAUGAUCAGACAUUGAUGUGUGAGUCAGAGUAGAGGUAAGAAUCCUCAUCUAAUUAACUGGUGAAGGCCAAAUAGAGUUGACCUUACAUAUUUUACUUCAGUUCUGUCCCUCAUAUUCAUGGAGUCUUUUUAGAUAAUAGAAUGUCAGAGCUACGGUGGGGGAGUUCUUGUGAUCAUUCGGGCCAGUCCCGGAUUGCCCACAGGGACAUUUUGGGAUCCUCUACCCAGAAGCUUUCAUGUUAUUUAUAGAUGAGGAUACUGAAACCUAAAAGAUCAAAAUAUGAUUUCCCUAAGGUCACAUGAAGUGUUCACAGCAAAGGCAGGGCUGAACCCAGGUCUCCCAAUUCCUGUUCCAGUGGAGGAUUUCUGUUACACUAAUGCAUUAAGUACACUUCUGGUCUUCAACUGAGCUCUGCCUCUGUGGUCUCUGUUUGAAGAUUGUGAAAUGUCGUAAAGGCGGUUUGCCUUUGAAAAGAAGCCAGAACCUGGAGGGUUAAUAGAAAUUGAACAGUGAAGGGGGAGCCUUUUUAUCCUCUCCUCAACUGGGGAGCUGCUGGGCUGUUUCCCUUACACCGCAUGUGUUCCAUUAUGGUAUAAUGAUGUAAUUACCAGUAAUGCUGCUGCUGCUGCUGCUUGAGUAGUGGUGGAGAAGCAGCAUUAAGGAAAAGACUAGCCCCAGUUCUCUCCUAAGAGCCAUUUCAGCCCACUUCAGUCUAUUAGAUUGAAGAUGCUGGAAGGGGAAUGGCUUCAGCAGAGGAAAAGGCCUGGAAGAAACGCUGGUUUAUCCUGCGGAGUGGCCGGAUGAGUGGUGACCCAGAUGUUCUGGAAUACUACAAGAAUGAUCACUCCAAGAAGCCCCUGCGGAUCAUCAACCUUAACUUCUGUGAGCAGGUGGAUGCAGGCCUGACCUUUAACAAGAAGGAGCUACAGGAUAGUUUUGUGUUUGACAUCAAGACCAGUGAGCGCACCUUUUACCUGGUGGCUGAGACAGAGGAGGACAUGAACAAGUGGGUCCAGAGCAUCUGCCAGAUCUGUGGCUUCAAUCAGGCAGAGGAGAGCACAGAUUCCCUGAGAAACAUUUCCGCAGCCAGUCACCACGGGCCCCGCUCUUCUCCAGCUGAGCUCAGCAGCUCCAAUCAGCACCUUCUCCGAGAACGAAAAUCCUCAGCCCCAUCGCACUCCAGCCAGCCAACCUUGUUCACGUUUGAGCCCCCUGUGUCAAACCACAUGCAGCCCACCUUGUCCACCAGUGCACCUCAGGAGUAUCUCUACUUGCACCAGUGCAUAAGCCGGAGAGCAGAAAAUGCAAGGAGUGCCAGCUUCUCUCAGGGCACCAGGGCCUCGUUUCUCAUGAGGAGUGACACAGCUGUACAGAAACUUGCCCAGGGCAACGGACACUGUGUCAACGGGGUCAGUGGUCAAGUCCAUGGUUUCUAUAGCCUUCCCAAGCCGAGCCGGCAUAAUACAGAAUUCAGAGACAGUGCCUACGACCUCCCCCGGAGCCUGGCCUCCCAUGGCCACACCAAGGGCAGCCUCACCGGCUCCGAGACAGAUAAUGAAGAUGUGUACACCUUCAAGACACCCAGCAACACCCUGUGCCGGGAGUUUGGGGACCUCCUGGUAGACAACAUGGACGUUCCGGCCACCCCACUUUCAGCCUACCAGAUCCCUAGGACAUUCACUCUGGAUAAGAACCACAAUGCCAUGGCAGUGGCCACCCCUGGGGAUUCAGCCAUAGCUCCCCCACCCCGGCCCCCCAAGCCAAGUCAGGCAGAAACACCACGAUGGGGCAGCCCUCAGCAGAAACCUCCGGUCGGUGAGAAUAACAGAUCUGUCUCUGUCGCUGCCACCAUCCCCAGGCGCAAUACUCUCCCGGCAAUGGACAACAGCCGACUUCACCGAGCUUCUUCCUGUGAGACCUACGAAUCCCCCCAGCGUGGCGGAGAGGGUGCAGGCCGGUCUGCUGCGUCCAUGAGUGAUGGAGUCAGUUCUUUCUUGCCAGGGAAAACAGUUGUGGGCCGAUCAGAUAGCACCAAUUCUGAAGACAACUACGUGCCCAUGAACCCAGGUUCCUCCACCCUCCUGGCCAUGGAGCGAGCAGGUGAUAAUUCCCAGAGUGUCUACAUCCCCAUGAGCCCAGGGCCCCAUCACUUUGACCCACUUGGCUACCCAUCCACAACUCUUCCUAUGCACCGAGGCCCCAGCCGAGGAAGUGAGAUCCAGCCACCCCCUGUCAACCGCAACCUCAAACCUGACCGUAAAGCAAAGCCAACACCACUUGACCUGAGAAACAACACCGUCAUCGAUGAGCUCCCCUUCAAAUCCCCUAUCACCAAGUCUUGGUCUAGGGCCAACCACAGCUUCAACCCCAGUUCCUCCCAGUACUGCCGCCCUAUCUCCACUCAGAGCAUCACCAGUACGGACUCGGGAGACAGUGAAGAAAACUAUGUCCCUAUGCAAAACCCAGUGUCUGCAUCUCCCGUUCCCAGUGGCACCAACAGUCCAGCCCCUAAGAAGAGCACGGGCAGCGUCGAUUAUCUGGCCCUGGAUUUCCAGCCAAGCUCCCCAAGUCCCCACCGCAAGCCAUCCACUUCCUCUGUCACUUCCGAUGAGAAGGUGGACUAUGUCCAGGUGGACAAGGAGAAGACCCAGGCCCUGCAGAACACCAUGCAGGAGUGGACAGACGUGCGGCAGUCCUCAGAGCCUUCCAAGGGCGCCAAGCUGUGACCAGAGGAGGGGCCACCGAGCCCAGGGAGGGGCCGGGAGGCAGUGUCUCCAGAGCUGGCCCUCCCUUCUCCCCUCCCCCUACCUUUCUUCUCUGCCACUCUCAGCCUUCAAAGCACUUGACAUCAGGGACCCUGAACCGUUUCCCUGGGUGGUUAGGGCCUGACCAAGGCACUUCCUCUGCCUGCUCAGGGCCCACUUCUGAUUUUUAUCAGUAAUGGCCAUGCCUCCACUCACCUUAGUUAGGAGCUAUUGCCAAAAAGCAUCCUUCAACCUCUUCCUGGCCUUUAGACCUGACUAUCUACCAGAUGUUUGGAGAGAGGGGUUGGGGCCCUGAGCCAGAUUCCACACUUCACAUUCGGUCGCAGCUCUCAGCCCUCUUCCCUCCAGCCACUGGGCUACCUCUCCUUCAGUCCCAGAAGAAGACAAGUCGUCUCACUGACCCAGGGAGCCAAGGACCAGCAGACCAAAGUGGAUAUGGACUUUUUCAUCCCUGUAUUUCUUGGUGGGGGGAGGCAAGGCCAGGCCACCAAAAGAUGAAGUAGUUGAGAAGAAAAGCCAGAGGUGAUCCUGAGGGGCAAAGGAAUUACAUCCCCAGAUGCAGAAGAGCAGUUGAUACCCACAGGGGUCCCCUACUUUCAGGCCAAGACCAUGGCAGGGCAGCAAUGUGGGUGGACAGGCAGAAGGAUGAUGGACAAAAGGAAGGGAGAAGUGAUGGUGGGCAGCCAAGAAGGAGCAGGGCUUGCAGCUCAGGACAUGGAGGUGACAAGAAAAAUGUGGGGUCAGGGUCCCCUAAAUUCGGGAGCCACAGGCCCCCCUUGCCACUCUGACAAUGCCACUCUGAGCCAGAGGGCAAUAUUCUUCCCCAGUCCCCCCUGGAGGGGGCCCCCACUGCACCCAGGAGCUCCACACAGGAGGCGGCUCAGACCAGGCUGGAUGGCAGCCCCAGCUGUAGUGCAGGAUUGCCAGCAUGGUGGGAGUUAGGGGAGGCGGGAGGGAGCGUGGUACAGAGGCAGGUGAUGCAGGGACUGAAGGGGAACCUUGGGACAGGAAGGGUUGGGCAGGGGCACAGGGCAGUCCAGUGCCCUGCAGUGGGGGUGGUGCAGCUGCAGCCAGUGAGUUGCUGGGAAGUGGACAGUGUGGCAGGGGGAGGGAUCAGAGGUGGCCUGAUAGGACAUGAGCCAAGAGGCCAGGGCCAUGCAGCAAACAGGGAAAUAUAUCCAAAGGGCCUGGUGGAGUGCCCCGGGCAAUGCAUAGGCAGGGUGGAACAGAAAGUGAGCGAUGUGCAUGGCAGCAUGACAUGAGGGCCACUCCCAGGACGGAGGGACAGCAGGUCAGGCAGGGUAAGGGUGGGCAGGGCAGAACUGUGCCUAGAGGACCACACAUGGUAGAGCUGAUGGACUGGGAUAUGUGUUAGGUCCUGGGGCAGGAACAUACCUGUCCUGGUGCCAGGCCCAGAGGGUUUCCUCAGUCCACCUCCCCCUGUUGCUCCCUAGCAUCCUCCCAGGUGCCACAUAGGACUCUUGGCUACAGGGAUGGGAGAAGCCAACCUUCUCCUUCCAAGGCUCAAAAGGUCAUCAUAUCAGCAGGGACUGGAGGUAGGGUAUCACCCGAGGCUCUUUCUCCUAUGCCUAGGGAGGAAGGAUCUGAAUUUUUUAUGUUCAAAGUUCUUGACCAAAUGUUCAAGAGUUUCAGAGGCAACAGGGCGGACCAGACUUACCCUAGGGUGGACAGACUGUCUCCCUCUAAAAAAAAGACUUCCCACCAUGUCCGAUGAGGGCGGCUACCCACUCCCCUUUCAGCUCCUGUGAGCUCGCUCACUUCCCCAGACCCAUGGCCUGGCCUUUCUCUAAGGAGCCAUCCUGGGAGCAGUACGUGCCCUGUGGUAGCUCCUCUCCUCUUAGCUUCAGUUCAGAUCAACUCCAGAAGUAUUUAUUAAUGGCUGCUGUGGCCAGAUGCUGGCUUAGGCACCAAGCAUAAAGGAAUUAAUCAGACUUUGUCCCUGAACUUGAGAUGGUCACAAUCCGUGAGAAAAAGACACAAGACAGUGUUGAUGGCCACCAGAGAGAGAGAGACUUAGGGUGCUGAUGGAGCGUGAAGGAAGUAAAGACUGUUUCUCAGGGAGGUUGGUGCAAGAGGCAGGAGUGGGGAAGAGAUGGGGGAAGGUGGAUUCUAGGAAAAGGGAGUGCCUGAGAGCCUUACAGUUGGAUAGGUUGGGUUUUUAUGGGGAAGGCAGGCAAGGCCUGGGUCCAGUGAUAGGGGAAGGAAGGAGAAACAUGGAAAGCUUCAUGUUUGGGGAACAAAAAGACCUUUGGGAAUAUAGGUCCAGCCACUCGGCUGAAAUGGUAGUGGUGACUCUGGCUACACUGGGCAGGGUUUGCAGGGUACUGUUUACUCUGCACAGCACUGACAGUGUCCCUUUAAGGCCUUCUACAAGGGGUCCCAGAUGGCAGAGCUUUUAACUGGUACCUCCCAUGCCCCCAGCAGGCUACAAAUGGGUCCAGGUAUAGCUACCCUCAGUUUAUAGCCCCAGUAGCCUCCCAUGAAAAUACGAGCAUGCUCUGAGCAUGCCACGAUGUGAAUGAAACUGGUUGGAGUCUUCAGAGACUGAGGUGCUCAAAUCUAAUCUCCAAGAGGCCUCCUUCCAGCUCUUGGUUCCUGUAACUAUCAAAACCUUUAGGGUGGAAGUGUACGUAGAGAUGGAAAGAAGGACAAGAUAAAAAAUCUGGCUUUUGAAAGCAGAGCUCUGGCUUAACAAGCCCCAAACCACCAGCUGUGUCUAGCAUGUACCCACCCCCCACAAAAAGGAAGUCAACUCAGUUUAAAAAACUUGGUCCUUUGGCCGAUCCGUGGGUCAAAGUGUACCUUUCCUGAGGGACUGAGAUCGCAGAACAGGGAUGCUUGCUUAACCCAGCACAGCUCUCACAAGGACACAUCCUGCCUAGGGCUCUCCAGAGGGGCCUUCUUCACCCACUCCCAGCGCCACCUCUGCAAGGUUAAAGUUGAGUGGAACAAUGAAAAAAGAGGAAGCUGGUGUCUCCCUAGGUCCUUGCUUUGCCAUCUGCGAAAUGGGUGGUUGGAGCAGAUGGUCUGAGGUCCCUUCUACAGCUGAUGCCCAGCUGCUUCGAGUGGGAACUCCCUGCUGUACAUUCUCUCUUGAGGGUCUGCGUCACCCCGGUCCCCUCCCUAGCUUGAUUUUGGUAACUUCAUUUGAAGCCAUUAAAAUAUGCCCCUUUCCUAGGACAAAAGCACAACCAUUCUGAAGCUGUUGGAGCACGAGCUCAAUUGGUCUGCCCUGUGGCCCCUUUACCUGCUACAGAGCGAGUCUCAGCCCCAUGCCUUGGGCCCAGGCCUGCCCACCCACACCCCCCCUUUGCCAGAGCUCUGGAAGAGUGCAAGAGAGGGAAAUUAGUACUCCCUUCCCAUCCAGCUCUUCAUCUGUAAAAUGUGAGGGAAGCAAGGCUAUGCUCCAAAGGCCUGGGGGGGGCUAUCGUCCUGAGCCUCGCCAAGCUCUCUGGGGCCUGGGACCAUGAUGGGCUACCUACCGAGGGGCCCACUGGGGAUUCAGGCUGUUGUGUGAUAUCUGGUGAUGUGUGUUCUCGUGUAUUUGUUGGCUACUUGUGUCUUAAAAUUUAGAACCAUUUCGCACAGAAUUGUUGCCAUUUGUUGGGAAGAGAAAAUGGGCUAGAGCAAGCCCAGUCUUAAGUUCUUGUCUUGUUACCAUUCAAAAUUGACAUUUAAUUUUUUAAAUCACUGUUGGUGCCUAAUCACUUAAGUUAUUAAUUUAUUCUGUUUUCUUUUUUUAAAAAAAAUUGUAACAUAUUUAUCCUGUUGGUAGGUCUAGGGGUGGGGUGGGAAUGUGUUCAAGGGGGUGAUAUUUUUGCUGUGGUGACACAUGGUACAGGCCUGGAGCUUGCAGGUCCCUUUUUACUGUGGUGUUGGAGCAGGACAAUAAUAAAGUCCAUUAGAAACGCAA